GUUGUUGGAAUUCCGUUUGGUUUUCAAGUGUCAGCAUUUUGAUAAAACUGUUUAUUGUUGGUGCGCAUUAAUUCAGUGAUACAAAAAAUUAUGCGGGAAAAUAUACCAAGGCGAGACCCAGAAAUAGAGGAUGAUGAUUUUGAUGAAAUGCUAUUAGUAGAGGAGGAAGCAUUUUUUGAAGAACAUGAAAUGGAGGAAAUAUACAUUGACUUAUUAGAUCAAAUCCCAAAUCUCAACGAUGGUGGAGAAAGUGAUGAAGAGAGAGAAAAAAUUGCUAUAGAACAUAAUUCUAUUUUAAGUUUUGCUAAUCAUAAUUCAACUGUGCACUCCUGCGAUCUACAUCCUCAUCUUAAAUUGGCGAUUACCAGCGGAGAAGACGACAGAGCGUUUUUAUGGAAUACUAAAGACGGACAAGUUUUACAGUGCAUUUCGCUACAUAACGACAGAAUAACGAAUGUACACUUCAGUCCUGAUGGCACAUAUUUAGCAACAGGUGAUAGCGCUGGUAAGCUUUUUGCUUUUAGUGUAUUAACUCCUCCGGCUGAUGAGUCAGAAUAUUAUGUUCCUCUUCAAUGCGUUUGGCAAUACGCAAUGGGUGAUGAAAUGACUUGGUUACGCUGGCAUCAUACUACACAAACGCUAUUCGCUGGCGGAGCUAGUGGUGAUGCAUUUAUGUUCUGUAUACCAAGUGGUGAUGUGAAGUUAUAUCCCGGCGAAAAAGAACGCUGUAUAGAUGGUGCAAUUACACAUGAUGGUGAUAAAUUGUUUCUCUCAUAUACCAGUAAGAUAAAAUUAUGGAACAUAAAAAUGUGUUGUGUUCUACACACCAUAUGUAAGCUUGAUUCACCAUAUAGAGCAGUCGCGUGUCACAAAUAUUAUCCUAUAUAUGUUUCUGGUGGAUUUGAUGGUGAAGUCUUGUUUUGUAAUAAUAAUGGCACUGUUGGUGCUGUACAAGCUAUCGGGCGCGCUGUAUCUGCCGCUUUUUCACCAUCCUCAGAUUUAAAUUUAGUUGCAACAAGCACAUCGGAUAGCCAAGUUCAAGUGUGGGACUGGUCUAUAUAUGCCUUGCAUUCGUCGUGCGAAACGAAAGAAACAAUUACUCACUUGGAGUGGUUAAAUGAACAUACUUUAGCAGCGGCUACCAUAGACGGCAACAUCUUUGGAUACGAUGUGCGUACUGGCUCUAAAAUCUUUAAACUAAGUGGACAUGUAGCUGCAAUACAUCAUUUUAAAUAUAAAGCAUCGGAAAAUAUUAUCCUUACUGCGUCAGAUGAUGCUACAGCAAAAAUUUUUACUGUACCGAUCUAAAUGCAUACUAGACAUCAUCUAAAUAAGAUUUCACCAAACUAUUUGUUAAUAACCAUUUUUACAUAUUUUUUUUCUUUUUUUUUCUUUUUUUUUCUUUUUUUUUCUUUUUUUUU